AUGAACCUCACAGGUAUCCCAGAAUGCGGUGUAAAAUGCCUGAUCUCCGCCCUCUCUCAGUCAUCAUGCCUCCCCAGCGACGAUUCGUGUCUCUGUGCCGACCAGGUCUAUAUUGACUUUGUCAACUCAUGCGUCCUAGGAAACUGCUCAGUGAAGGAGCAGUUGACCACACAAAGAGUAACCUCUCUGGGCUGCGGCGUCACAUUUAACGACACGACUGGGAGUCUGAAGUUACUACACUAUCUCCUUUUCGCGUCACAGACAAUCUUCUUUAUCCUCCGUAUGGCCUCACGAGUUGUUUUUACCGUAGGGUUCCUCGCAAGUGGAAUAGCAGAGGCGGAACUCGGCGCUGGAAAGCCAUACUGGACAUUUGAAUUCUGGAAGAUCACGGCCACACUCAAGGUCUACUUCAUAUGCGAGGUCCUCUACACCCUGACGCUGGGAAUAAUCAAGAUUUCGAUCUGCUUCCUCUACAUACGAAUAUUCUCGGAUUCGACCUUGAGAAGGGUACUAUGGGGUACUCAGAUCUUCAACAGCUUGCUUAUCGUGGCUUUCCUUUGUGCCGACUUUGGCGAGUGCGUGCCGCUAAGUUACUUUUGGGAUGCAUGGGACAAGGAGCAUUCUGGUAGCUGCUUCGAUAUCAACGCCAUGGCCUACGCCCAUUCAGCCAUAAACAUCGCCCUGGACGUCUGGAUGCUUAUCCUGCCAGCUACUCAGGUUUGGAGGCUGAACAUGUCGUUUAAGAAGAAGCUUGACGUCUCGGCGAUGUUUGCCGUAGGAAUCUUUCUGACGGCUGUCAGUAUCAUCCGCCUCACGACACUGACUGAAUUUGGCAAGAAUCCUGCCGAUAACACAAGCUACUACCCCGUAGCCGUCUGGACUGUCGUCGAGCUUACCGUCGGAAUGAUCGUUGCAAGUCUUCCAGCAACUCGCAUCAUCGUCGUAAAGUACGGCACGAGUUUACUCGAGGCUACCAUCAGAUCAUCCAGGAGGACCGAGUCUCAGACUUUACCUUCAUACAAGAAGAGGCUACGACCUUUCGCCGAGGAGCAAGCUUCCAACUGA